AUGAAUACUUCCAUAUGCCACCCCAAGCCGGUGGUAUCGCUGACAGGCCCCACUGGGGCUUUCCUGGUCGAGUUGCUGAUCUGGAAUGGGUCGCCCUUCAAAGAUCACUGGGCAUAUUUCGUUCAGUCGCACGCGGACUCUCAUACCGGUGUAAAGAUACACGCGACCGGCAACGUGAGAAGUGGCUUUGAGUUCGAAAUUAAACGGAGUGAAAACCUGCAAACAACCGACGACAUCCCUUCAACAAGGGUCCCUCUGCAAUGGGUUGACGCGGAGUACUUUGACGAGAAAGCUAUGCUUAACGAUGGGAAAUACGAAAUCGACGACUCGCCUGUCUGUCCCUUCGAGAGCAGUGUUUACCAAAUUGAAGCUCCAGGGAAAAGUCUGAACACAGUCAGUGACGGGAUCAAACCAGGUCGGAAAGUCAUUCAGAGGGAUUGCCAGACAUGGAUUGUCGAGUCUGCCGAUCAACUUCGCCGUGACAACAUCUUGAGCCAAGAGGUUGUCUCUUAUCUCCAUGCAAUUAAACAGUAA